AUGGAUAUUUAAUUGAUUAAAGGAAUUAUUUUUAUAAAUUAAUUCAUAAUUAUAUACUCGAUUUAAGCAUCAAGAUUAAAGGUUCAGUUUAUUACAAAGAAUUAGUUUUUUUGGAUUCAAGAAAUAGAUAAACUCUAUGUGAGUGAAUUAAAAGAAAGAUUCUUUUAGAAAAAUUUGAAGACUAUAAUUUAAUUAAUAACAAAUAAUUAAAAACCUGAUGAAUAUCGUUUUCCAUUAUUUUUUUCAUAUUGA